AGUCAAGAUAAUGCAAGCACAGCCAAAGGAGACAAUUACCAACGUUCCCGGUGAACAAAAAGAAAAACUAAUAGUUGUCACGGGAUUCGGACCGUUUGUGGGACAUGAAGAUGUAAAUGCCAGCUGGGAAGCGGUUAGCCUUUUGCCCGAUGAAAUUGUUCACGGCAGCACGGCUUAUCGUUUGGUAAAAAUCAAAGUACAUGUUGAAUAUGAAGCCGUAGAUAAGGCUGUUGAAGAAAUCUGGGCUCUACGCCCCACUUUGGUAAUACACUGUGGCGUCAAUGGGCAUUCCUCGUGUGUGCAUGUGGAGAAGCUGGCCUACAAUAACAAUUUCUGUAAACGCGAUUAUGCCGGCAAAUAUUUACCCGAUGCCAGGGCAUGUCUACAAAAUUGUCCUGCCAAAAAGACGGCAUUAUUUUGUAAAUUGAAUGUACAAAAAAUUGUACAAGUGGUAACGGAUAAUUGUGGUUGUACUCCAUCGAAUGAUACUACGGAUAAUAUAAUGACCGAAAAUCUGGAUAACUUGAAAUUGGCCAAAGUUUCCAAAGAUGUUGGCAAUUAUUUGUGUGGUUAUAUUUAUUUGAAAUCAUUGGAUUAUGAUUGUUCUCGUACGCUGUUUGUUCAUGUACCACCGCUAGAUAAACCAUUCCCAGUUGAGAAGUUGAGUGAUGUGGUCCUGAAGAUAACACAAGAGUGUUUACGCCAAGUCAUUGAUGGUGUGGAUAAGAAAGAUAAAUGAUUUUAUUAUGUU